UGGCACAUGUUUGCAGAUUCCCAGGGCCAUCUCCAGUGACUGCAUGAUGUAAGGAGGGGCUGAGCCCUGACCCCUAUGCGUAGUGCACACCCAAGCCUGGGUCCCAAGAUGUGGGGGUGGCUUUGGGAAGCCCUGAAUGGGUCAGUAUUCCAAAGACCGAGUCCUCUGAUCCUCACCAUUUUGGUAACCUCCUCUCCAUACACAAAAUGUACAGUUUUCCUACCUGUUAAUAUCAGUUUUCUUUUACUCUUUAGAGUUAACAGAUUGCAAGUCAUUUUCUGAUGCAGAGUUUGAAGGUUGGAUCUAAGAAGGGGUGUGCUGUAAAUGUGUGACAUUUUAAGCAAACUUGUUCUAAGUGCAGAUAGGAUGUAAAUGUGAGCAUUUGGGCCAGCCUGGUAAACGGAUGUUACUUGCGGCAGAAUCCACUGCCAACUUGAAAAAUAAUUAUAAGUUUUUAAUGUGGUAUUUCCUGUAGGAGCAGGCCCUGAAGAGUGUUUGAAUGGGUUAGUGUUGCGUUGGGUCUGUAGGACAUUAAUGGGAAAUGUGUAUUUCCUGUUGUGAUGUCUGUGUGCCCACAGUGUAGCUGUAGGGUUUUGCCCCAGUUGGUACAGCCUGAUCGAGCACUUUGUGGAGCAGAGGGAGAUUUGGCAGGCUCUGAGUUACAGAAAGAACCAAUGUCUGUUGCAGUGGAGUUACAGAAGACCAUUACCGUACGGCACUGUUAGAACCUAACCAUGUGUCACAGUUUACUCUUUGCAAUAAUCUAAGUAACUCUGUUUUAUCAAGAGUGAUUUGGAGGAUGUAUUUGGAGCAAGUGAAUUUUGUGUAUUUAUUUUUUGCUGUGGUUUCUUGUUCCUUUUUUUUUUUUUUGAGAGUAAGAGAAACUAGUAUCUUUGACCUAUGACAGACUUCAGGAUUUUAGAGAGAAGUAAAUAACAUUUUCCCACAAAACUGAACGUUGUUUUUUUCCCCAGGACCCUGCAAGGCCAGCUGUUUCUCCUCAUGGUUUGUCACCCACAGGAAUCUGCUCCGUAUUGAUUCAGCCACUGCUUUCACUAACCUCCCCCCCACCCCCCUACGCAUUGCCUCUGGAUGGCACUUAUUACAGGAAACCCCUGCUUCUCAUCCAAGGCAGCCCUUUCCCCAGAUCCAAACCCAUUAUCAAAUUACAGUGAUUUGAAAAAAGAUUCUGCUGUGAACCUCAAUGUUCCUAGAACCCCAGGAAGGCACGGAUUGACAACCACACCUCAGCAAAAGCUCCUCUCCCAGCGCUCACCCCAGAAGCAGGGACAUAAUCCAGACCAAGCUCAGGGUGUACAGACUCGUGUGGCUAACGGCGUAGUAGCAGCACAGAACCGGAUGGAAUGUGAAGAGGAUAAAGCAGCCACUCUCAGCGCAGAGACUCCUAUUCAAACUUCAGAACCCUCGCCCGAUACCAGCUUAGUGAAUGGAGAAAGAGAAGAAACAACCACGGGACCUGCAUCACCCACAGCAAAUCACUGCGAUGGAAAUGCUGAUGACAGGACCCCGGGCGUCGGCCCAGCGCUCCCCCUGGGAGAAGGAAGGGCAGACGCAGAGACCAAGGUGCAGGAGAGGGAAAACGGAGAGAGUCCCCUGGAGCUGGACCAGCUGGAGCAGCACCACGAGAUGAAGGAGACUGAUGAGCAAAAACUUCACAAAAUAGCCAAUGAACUUUUGCUUACAGAAAGAGCUUACGUCAGCCGCCUUGACCUCUUAGAUCAGGUAUUUUAUUGCAAACUAUUGGAAGAAGCAAACCGAGGCUCAUUUCCAGCAGAGAUGGUGAAUAAAAUCUUUUCUAAUAUUUCAUCAAUAAAUGCCUUCCACAGUAAAUUCCUCCUGCCGGAGCUGGAGAAAAGAAUGCAAGAAUGGGAAACUACCCCUAGAAUUGGUGACAUUCUCCAGAAAUUGGCGCCAUUCCUUAAGAUGUACGGAGAAUAUGUGAAGGGGUUUGAUCAUGCGAUGGAACUGGUUAAAAACAUGACGGAGCGUAUUCCCCAGUUCAAAUCAGUAGUUGAAGACAUUCAGAAACAGAAGAUCUGUGGGAACUUGACUUUGCAGCAUCACAUGCUGGAACCCGUCCAGCGGAUCCCCCGGUAUGAGAUGCUCCUGAAGGACUACCUGAGGAAACUGCCCCCCGAUUCUCCGGACUGGAAUGAUGCUAAAAAAUCACUUGAAAUUAUAUCUACAGCAGCAAGCCAUUCUAAUAGUGCAAUAAGAAAAAUGGAGAACCUAAAGAAACUCUUAGAGAUUUAUGAAAUGUUGGGAGAAGAAGAAGACAUCGUGAAUCCUUCGAAUGAACUAAUAAAAGAAGGGCAGAUUCUCAAGCUAGCAGCUCGGAACACGUCAGCACAGGAGCGCUACCUUUUCUUAUUCAACAACAUGUUGCUUUACUGUGUGCCAAGAUUCAGCUUGGUGGGCUCCAAAUUCACGGUUCGAACCAGGGUUGGCAUCGAUGGAAUGAAAAUCGUGGAGACGCACAAUGAGGAGUACCCGCACACUUUCCAGGUGUCCGGGAAGGAGAGGACGCUGGAGCUGCAGGCCAGUUCUGAGCAAGACAAAGAAGAAUGGAUCAAGGCACUUCAGGAGACGAUUGAUGCUUUCCAUCAGAGGCAUGAAACCUUCAGAAAUGCGAUUGCGAAGGAUAAUGACAUCCACUUAGAGGUCUCUACUGCUGAGCUAGGGAAACGGGCCCCGAGAUGGAUACGGGACAAUGAAGUGACCAUGUGCAUGAAAUGCAAGGAGCCUUUUAAUGCGCUGACAAGGAGAAGGCAUCACUGCCGAGCAUGUGGACACGUGGUUUGCUGGAAGUGUUCUGAUUACAAAGCUCAGCUUGAAUAUGAUGGUGGUAAAUUGAGCAAAGUGUGUAAAGACUGUUAUCAAAUAAUAAGUGGAUUCACAGACAGUGAAGAAAAGAAAAGAAAAGGAAUUUUAGAGAUUGAAUCGGCAGAAGUAUCUGGAAACAGUGUGGUGUGCAGCUUCCUUCAGUACAUGGAGAAGUCGAAACCUUGGCAGAAAGCUUGGUGUGUGAUCCCCAAGCAAGACCCCCUCGUGCUGUACAUGUACGGGGCACCCCAGGACGUCAGAGCGCAGGCCACCAUUCCACUCCUGGGCUAUGUCGUGGACGAUAUGCCGAGGAGUGCAGACCUGCCACACAGUUUCAAACUGACCCAGUCCAAGUCCAUGCACAGCUUUGCUGCAGACAGUGAGGAGCUGAAGCAGAAGUGGCUGAAGAUCAUCCUCUUAGCUGUCACAGGUGAGACACCAGAUGGUCCUAGCAAGCAGCCAGACGCUUUGGACGAGCAUCCUGAAUCUAAGAGACAGUCCGAAUGCUGAGCCCCAGGACCGUCCGUGGUGUGGGGGCCAAGGGAGUCUCAAGAUUUACAGCUUAAGACAUUCCCAGCUCUCCUUACUCCUCUCCUAGCACUUUAUGUUGAAAACACGGGCCCAAAUGCAUCUUUUGGGGGCACUAUUUUCCUAUGUUUAUGUACUCUUAGUGAGAUUAAUGUGCAGAGCCAUUCUACCCAUAAAAAGUUUGAAAUAAUGUGAAAAAUGGAGCAUUUUUUUAAUGAGCUAUUCCUUGAAUAUGUACUUUUGGGGGAAAAAAAAAGUGGUAUCAAUUAAUUCUAUCAUUUCAGGUUAGAAAAGGCCACUUCAUUUAAGGAAUCCUUUAACAUCUUCACUUUCACAUGUAGGAUUGUAACUGUUUGAAAGAUAUACCUCUACGUUGCCAAAAUAGAUCUAUGGUUUAAAAAAAUACAGGGACAGUUUAGAAUAUCAUAUUAACUUAUUUUAUUUAGUUUAUAAAGCUCAAGCUGCAUAAAUGAUGUAUGUUCUUUUAAAACAAAAAGGACAAAGUGUUGGUGUUCAAACUUUCAACUUAUUGAGAAAAGAUAAUACUUGUUUUUUAGAAAUACUCCUAAAAAUAAAAUAUCUUAAAUAUAUAGCGAUUAUGUAUAUAUAGUAUUAAAUAUAAAUAUAUAUAUACACACACACUAUAUGUGCUUUUUUCUUCAGCUUAAGGCUCAUAUUUGUUUUCUAAUUUAUUUUUUAAAUAUACAGCAUGUUUUAUCUUGGAAUGGGCAGUGUUCUAAACUUAAGAAAUGUUUUUGGUGACUUACGUUUUAGCUGGUUGACAUCCAAGGGUAUUGAUAUUUUUAUAAUAAGAAAACGCUGUAAUUUAUGUGGCAUGGGUUGUAUUAGUGUGUUCCAACGGUAUUUUUAAAGUACUGUUUUUCUUUGUUCUGUGCCUAUUUAAAACAGUGCCUCUUUUUGAAGGUGCUAAUAAUGCCUACUUAAGUGUAAUAUGAGGGUUUAAUUAAUGCUUCAGUCUUGGUUACUCUGAGAAAAGGUGCAUUCCGGUUGCGGGGUGGUCAGAGUCAUGCAGGUUGCUGUCCCUUGUGCAGCCCUCUGAUUGUCACAGCAGUUAUUAAAAUCAGCACGUACAAGACAGCUGACCCUACGCAGAGCUGGGACAUAUGGAAACUACAUUUAUUGUUAUGUUUUUCUUCUCCGUAAGACUGUUAAGUGUGGUUAAAUGAGGACUAUAUAUAAUUAACACUUAAGAUAAUUGUGUGAGCCUAUUCCUUUGUCAGAUUGAAACAAAAUUUACAUAAGAUUACCUGUGUUUGGGGGGUAGGGUGGGUAGGUAAUUGAAGACAGUUUAUGUUCAACUCUAAACCACCUCACUAAAGAAGAGUGGGAGAAAAUACAAUAUAGAAAAAUGAUAUUUUGAUGGCAGGUUUGGGGGAGAUACAUGAUGAUUGAUGUGAGUUUGAGCAUUUUUUCCCCUAUUUAUCCUCUGGGGAAUUUUAACAGACAAAGUGUGAUUCCUUGUCACAAAGGCUGCUCUUUAUUAUAUUGUAGUUAUCAUUAAAAUCUCACAUUAAGUUGGCUAUUUAAGUUAGUGCUGUUCUCAAAAUUAGAUCUUUUUUGUUUUUAAAUUUACUCUGUCAUGUUCCAAACGUUGUCACUUUUUAAUGCAUCUCUCUGCUAGAAAUCCCCAAGAACGACCCCACUGUCCUCGGCUUUUGGGGGAUUAUACCUUAAAUGUAGGACAGAUGCACUCAGAACUUGCGAUUCAUUUAUUCAGGCCCUGUUUUUUUAGAGAAAUAUUUGAAAUAUCUCCUUUUUCCCCCUCGUGCCCUUAAGAAGCAGGUGAACUUACGAUGGCGGAUGUGAUUUGGCUGCCUUCCUCUGCAAAAGGAAUACCAGCCAGGAUUGUUAAUAUUAAACCAGGUACUUGGAGUCAAAAAGAGAGAAGGUAGCUUCUUAGGCCCUGUUAAAUUAAGGAUGGACUAAAAAAGUUUUGCAUUGCUUCUCUUUUCUAGUUGCCAAGUGUGCAUAUGUGUGUGUGAGUUCAGAGGUGGUUACCGAGGUUAAACUAUACUGAUGGAUCGUGAUGCUUUGGUUUGAGUCUCAAGAAGAGAGAAGCGGGAAAAAUGUAGAAUCAGUACCAGGAGAAAGGUGACUUUUGUAACUGGGGACAGAACAAAGGAAACACGGAGGGGAAUUAGGAGAUUAACGAGCCAGAUUAUUUUUGAAACAGCAAGAAAGCUACACUUCCACUACCAGUAAGUUCUUCUGGAAUAGAAGUAACAUGGACGUAUUCAAGGUUUGGCUCAGUAAAUAUCAAAUGUGAUUUAAUUUAGAUACUAAAAGAAAACUCAUGGAAAGGGAGUAAUAUCACGCUUUAAUAUUCUCUUUAAUUUUUUUUCCCAAUAAAUUAGACAUAUUAGUAUUGGAAGAGAAUUUCUGCUUAUCCAGUCACGAUCUUCGCGUGACACGUGCUCUUUUGCCACGCACAGAGAGAAGCAGUGAAGGAGCCUUAUGCCUGUUUCUCGUUAAAGAAUCACUAACGCUUUUACUUGGAGAAAGGCAAAGGAGUGUGCUCUUAGCCGUCUUAAAAGGCUCAACCGAAAGACCUUAAAGUGUGGUUGAUUGGUUAGAAGAAGAAUCUGUCUUUUGCUGUCUGAGACACCUGAGCAGUCAUGGCAAAUUGAACCUAGAAAAAUAAUUGGUUGCUCUACUUAAUAGUAACCAACAUUCCAUUUGGGUCCUAUUUUUUAGAAUAUUGUCUCUAAUUUGGUGCUUUCCAAGUCAUCUUUUCUUUAAAGUGCCCUUCCUCCAAACUUAAAAAAUACUUCUUUGAUAAGAACUGCUCUUCAUUAUAAAACAUUCCAAUUUUUUUUACACUUUAAUUUUUCUUUAUCGAAGGUCUGUCACUUGGUAUAUUAACUAUGAAUGUAGUGCAGACGUAUCUCCAGGUUUUAAGUGGGGCCCAAUAAUGAAAAGUGCCACCAGCCACUUUUGUGAUAAUGGCAUCUCCAGUGCCAUCAUGUAUGCAAGCAAUAACUUCUUCAGGGUAGGUUUUUAUACCGAAAUUUUAAUGUGAACAUUCCCAAGUGAUGCCAGAAUUCAAAUUGCUCAGUGUAGGGAAGAGAAAGUGUGUGUGGUAGGGGCGGGGGGUGGGGGGGAGGCAGACAACAUCAUUCCUUGGAUUCAAGUAACUAUCAAAAGCCUUUUUCACUUUUGCAAAGGGUACAGAUGGUAAAAACAGCCAAACACACCUGCACUGCUUUAUCAAGUUACAUUUCGUUUUCCAUGAAGUUUAAUACAGAUUGGCGUCCUUAUCUUCACGGGGUGACAUACCCCAAUUUUUAAAAAUUACCAGCCUUUUUAUUGUCUACUUUGUGGAAACAGGGGUUUUUUUUUUUUCCCCUCCACCCCUUCUAAUUUUAGAUCUCAUUUCUGGUUAUACUCAAAGCCUUCAGUUCUUAUUCUGAGUGUAUUACCUGUGAUAACUGUAAUAAUGACCUUUCUGGGCUGAAAUAUCCUGGGCUGAAUAUCCUGAGAAAAAAGGCAUCAAGAGAAGCAAAUAAAACUUUUGAGGACAAAGGUCUUCCCGCCUCCCCCCUCCCCCCGGCCAGGCAUCCUUGCUGUAAUACAGAAUC